CUCUUCCUCCUACGCUCCUCUAACUUGCGGGGACCGCGUUUAGGCAGGCGUUCACGGCACGCGAUCAUCCUUCCCACCCUCCACGAGGUGGUGGUAUCCCCCGGGGAUGAACGGUAGAAGCGUCGCGACGCCGAUGUCGACGACGCUUCAGUGAAGGCCGACCGUUCGUGGCGAACGCAAGCACCCCCGCCGUUUGGGCCGUGGCUACCGUCGAGAAGCCCUGAGGAAACUGUAUCGCCGCCAACCAUCUAUCUCCUUCAUCGCCGAAGACAAGCAUUCCGCUUCCCAUCUCCUAGAAGCAUCACAAUUCGGAUAGAGAGAACAUAUAAAAAUGCCGCGGCCAGUUUCGAAAGGAACAUCUCAAUUGUCGGCACGGGGACAGAUGGAGAGGCGGCGGCCACCGUUUCUCAGAGCUUCUAGCAAAGCCAAGGAGACAGAACGAGGCAGUGGAACAAAGAUGGAUUCUGCACGUAGCGGGGGUGCUAUAGAAGAACAGGGUAGCGAUGAAGAUCUGUCACCGGAUGCUUUGGUUAGACAAAAUUAUGAACUCCGUCAUCGUUUGGAACAGGAGGCUGCAAGUUAUAAGAGACGUUUGGACACUUAUCGGCAGGCUCAACAACAUCAAGCUGCUCUUGUCUCACGUUUACAAGCUAAAGUUUUGCAGUACAAACAGAGAUGUUCAGAAUUGGAAAAUCAAAUGGCAGAAACAGUGCCUUGUGAUACUACUAAACCAACUGCAGCAACUGCUGCGGUAUCAUCUACUUCUGCAUUAGAGGCUGCUCAUCAGACACUCAGGGAUAUACGCGAGGAGCAAAUUCAUGAUUUGGACACUGCCUUACAAAAACUUGGAGAGGAACGACGAAAAUGUGAAGAACUUUUGCAACUAAACUCAUCUCUGAAAGAUCAACUGGAAGAGUCUCAUCAAACAAAUGAAGCGUUAACUACUGAUUUGCAGAAAUUAAGCAAUGAUUGGGAUAUAUUGCGUGAGGAGUUGGCUAUUAAGGAAGAUGAAUGGAAGGAAGAGGAACAGGCAUUCAAUGAAUAUUACAUCUCCGAGCACAACAGAUUAUUGAACCUAUGGCGUGAUGUCGUGUCUGUUAAAAGAUUGUUUGCAGAAAUGAAAUCUGCUACAGAACGAGAUUUGUCUAAAUUGCGGAACGAAAUUACUUCUUCAUCUAAUGAAAUGACAUCAGCAUGCAAUAGUAUAAGUUUUACUAUGAAACUACAAGCAACUGCAGUACAAUCAACACCAUCCCAAAGAAUACAACAAGAGGAGGAAGAACAAGCUGUAACUGUUUUGAAAACAGAAAUUGCAGCACUUAAGCAACAACACGCUGCUGAUCAGCAUGAAAUUCGCACAAAAGACGAUCGGAUAGAUCAGUUUAUUCGAGAAAUUCGCAAUUUAGAAGAAAGAUGUGGAAUUUCUGAAGCAGCAGUGACUCAAACUGCGCGUAUGCAAGAGGAUAUCGAAGUAUUAGAAUCUGCAUUAAGAGAUAUCGCGCAUGCUGUGAUUCAAGAUGCCGAAUCUCGGGACGUCGAUGUAAAGCAGGCACCUUCGCAUAUUCAUUUAUCAUCCGGUGGACAAAUUUCGCAAAGAUCACCGAAAAGGAGCGCGAGAAACAUUGCUAUACCAGCACUUGCUGAGAGUACUAUAAGCGCAGUACGAGCAGCUCUACAGAAAUAUCAAUUAACUAUACGCGAAUUACAGAUAAAAUUGCAAACCAACAAGGAACAGCUUUUAACAAUGCGCAAGCAAUGGGAUACCGCAGAGACAAACGCUCAGACACUAAAUACAAAAGUGGCAGAAUUAAUAUCUCAAUUGGAUUCGUGUCGUUCGCAAUGUACACAGUUAAAUCAAGAGAAAGAGAUGUUGCAGAAAAGUCUUGACACUGUAAAAUUGGAGAAAAAUGCAUUGGAUAAAAAUAAAAUGGAGCUCAAUAGUAUGCUAGAAGCUCUUAAAAAUAAUUAUGAAAAACUUCAAAAGACCAAUAAUAAAUUACAAAAAUUAUGUGACAAUCUAGAAGAUGAAAAAUUAUAUUUGCAAAACGAGCUUAGUAGAGUAUCAGAGGAUGCUGAUUUAAAAGAACUGAAUUUACGAUCAGAGGAGGAUAGAUGUAGUAAAAUGCGAGAAGAACUUUUGACGCUACGAGAAGAUUUAAAUAAAGCUUAUCUUGCCAAAGAUAUGUUGGAACAACAAAAACUGGAAACUGAUGGAUUAAUCUCUCAAAUUGAAAAAAAUAAAGGUGAUCUUGAAUUGGAAUUGGAACGAAUAUUAUUGGAAAAGUCAGAUGUACAAGAAAUUUUGAUAAAGUUGGAAGCAAUGUGCUCUAAUCACGAACAGGAUAAACAGAAAUUGCAAGAAGAAUUAAAAAAAAUGACUGAUGAGAAAAAUAAACUUGCGAGUCAAUGUAUCGAUCAACAAGGGGAUUUAAAUUCACUGAGAAAAGAAUUAUUGCAAGCUGAACAAACUAGGCUUGACAUAGAAUCUGAAAAAGUUACGUUGAAUGAGAAAAUUAAAUUUUUGGAGAUAGAAAAGGAGAAAGUCGAGAUAGAAUUGGGCCAAGUGAGUCGUGAACGUAGUGAUUUGAGUAAUCAACUGUCGGUUUUGGCGCGAAAGAAGGAAACAUUGAAUGAAGAACUUAUGAGACUUAGACAAAGACUAGAACAAUCCAAUGAAAUGAAUGCACGAAUAAAUAGAAAUUUGAAAGAUCUUGUAAAAGAUAAUGAGGAGAAACAGGUGCUUUUAGAAACAAAUGAGAAAGAAAUUCAAAGGAUGCAAGAGCAACUUGCAUCAAUGCGAACUGAAAAAGAAAUAUUAGAAGGAGUACUGUUUGAUACACAAACUAAUUUGGAAGCUACACAUGUCAAGAAGACACAGUUGGAAAAAGAGCAAAAAGAAACGUUAAUUAAACAAGAAAGCUUAAAAGGACAAGUGACACGAUUAACAAAAGAAUUAGAAAACAGUGAAAAACGUGCGCAAGAUAUGAAACAAUCACUUACACAACAGAGUGGUGAUCAAAUGGCAGAAUUUCAACAAAUUAUAUCGAAUAUGAAGAAACAGUCUGAGGAUAAUAUGAAGAAAAUGACUGAUGAAAAGGAGCAAGUAAGAAUAAGUUUAGAGAAACGGUUGCAACAGUCCGUGUUACAAUUGGAAGGAGAAAAAAAUGAAGAAAUUAAUCAACUGCAACAGAGAAUAGAAGAAUUGCAACAACAUGUAGAGAAUUUAUGCAAACAGCACGAGGAAGCACUUCUUAGGGCCGAAAAUGAUAAACAACAGGCACUUCUUAUUGCUCAUCACGAUCAACAGGCUUUAAUUGAAAAAAUUAACGCUAUUAUGCGUGAAUUAGAAGAAGAAAAGAAUACUUUGGAACGUGUGAAAAGGGAGGCAGCAACACGCGCGGAACAAGAACGUAAUAAUACGAAUCAAUUGCGUGACGAAUUAAAUCGUCUUAGAACAAAGCUGGAUGAAACCAAGUUGAAAGCUAAUGAAGAAAAGCUGAAACUUGAUUUAAAAAUAGAGGAACUCUGGAAAGAACGCGAAUCCACGCAAAGAGAAGUUGAAGAAUUACAAGUUCAAUUACACAUGACGGAAGAUAAAGUAGACGGACUGCAAAAUCAGUUACACGAUACUAUUAGAAAACUUAAAGACGCUGACAAUAUUAAUGAGACACUGCGCAAAGAAUUAGUAGAUUCAAGGAGACAAUUGGCAGAUACGACAUAUGAAAAAGAGAAAUAUAAUAAUAGCAACAAGGAAUUGCGAGAACGUGUUAAGCAAAUCGAAACUGAAAGAAGAGAACAGGGAAGAAUUUUGGAAGAAUCGUAUCAAAAAAUAGCAACAUUGGAGGAUGUGAAAGCGGCCAUGGACAUUGAGAGAACGCGCUUACAAGCUCAAGUGCGAGAUUUGGAACGCGACGCAUUGCAAUUGCAGCAACAACUCCGCUUCACGCAGGACGAAUUACAGAAAUGUCAUGAGAACAAUUCUCAAGCUCAGAACGAAGAGAAGGAACUGCAGGCUAGAUUAGCUAACGAGAUUGAAGAAAGAGAGCGUAUACAAUUGCAAUUGCAUCAAGUGAAAAAACAGGUUGUCGAUCUGGAUAAUAGCUUGGAAGUUACACGACAAGAACUGGGAAAAUUACGCACGCGAGCAGACGAGGAAGAUGAAAGGUGGCGUGCUCGAGAGCAAGAGUUGCUGGUGCGUCUCGAGGAUAGCCGCUGCCGCGAGAGAAAACUGGAGGAUCAGAAGCAUAAUCUGGAAGUUUGCUUGGCCGAUGCCACGCAGCAAUUGCAAGAGUUGAAGGCGCGCCUAGGAGGAUCUGAAGGAAGAGUGAGAGCUCUCGAUGCUCAAUUGUCGCAAUUGGAAACCGCUAAAAAGGAAGUGGAGCAGAAGUUGAGUAGUGUAGGCUCUACGCUCCGCCGUAUCGCCGGCAUUCAAAUGGAUGGUAGCGUAAAUAUGCCGUUUAAAUUGAUGAGUCCAUCAAGAAGAUGGAGUCCGGCACGUGUGCAAGAUCACGGUGACACUGGCAGAGAUAUCAUAUUGGAUGUCGAUCCUGAAGCUAUUAGAAAAGGCGUGCGAUCACUUAUGCAACAAGUUGCCCAAAUCGAACGUGAAAGAGACGAUUACAAGACGGAAUUGUGCAGUUUAAAGAAACAGUUGAAAGAAUCUCAAGAGAAUCAAAGUAAUACCGAUAUAAAAGCCAAUAAUCUUUUAGCUAAUAUUCGAACGCUUCAGGAAGAGAAGAAAUCUUUGGAGGCAAAACUAACUCAAAAACAAACUAGUUAUCAAGCACAGCUGAAUGCAUUGCAACAAAAAACCAAAGAAUGCGAGCAAUUAUGUGAAAAAUUGUCAAUGUUAGAAUUAAAGAUUAGUACUGAAUCGGAAGAGAAAUCUCAAUACGAGGAUAAAUUCGAGAAAAUGAAACAUGAAUUAAACAGAUUGGAAACGGAAAAGCGCAGUCUUCAAAAGGAUGUUCGCCAUAGCGAGUCUCGCGCAACAGAAAUGGAAUUACAUAGAAUGUCUUUAGACGGAGAUUUCCAAAGAUUGCAAAUGAUGCUGCAAGAAAAAGAAGCACAUAUUCAAAAAUUACAAGAUCGUUUUGACACGCAAAGCCGCACUAUGACAAAUCUAGAGGAACGUUGCGCAUCCUUAAAAUCCACCAUAGAGCAAUUAAAACUGGCACUAGAAAAAGCAUCUGCCACGGAAAGCGAACUCAAGAGUGAAAUGAAUCUAUUACAACAUAAUAUAAUAGAGAUUACUGCUUCCUCUCAAAGUAAUAAUGAGAAACUCAAACAGCUGCAGAAACAGCUUUCGAAUACCGAAAAUGAGCGUAGAAUAUUAUCCGAACGCUUAGAAACGGUGCAGCAGACCCUAAGCGAUUUAAAACAUACGAAUCAAUCAUUGAUUGAUCAAAAUGCGCGACUACAGAAUGAGUUGGCUAAUAAUGAAGUGCAACGAUCAGCUUUAGAAUCACAAUUAAGAUUGUCUACUUGGCCGCCGGAAGGCAGUACCACUAAAGAUGAAGGACUAUUACGACAACUACAAACUGUUCAAAGAGAAAGAAGCGAAAUGAGAGGAAAAGUGGAUGCUCUUAAUGACAAGGUGAAAUUAUUAGAAGCUGAUAAACGUAAUUUAGAACGUCAAAUUGCUGCGGGCAAAACGAGUGUUAUUCGAAGCAAGAGUUACGAACGUCCAGAAAAAGCACAUAUAGAACUUCUAGGUACUAGUUAUAGUCUUGACAACUUGGAACAUGAAAAUAGAGAAUUAAGAUUAAAGAUUCGUAAAUUGGAGACUCAAUUGGCGGAAAAGGAGGCCGAACUUAUACGAAUUAAGUCAACUUAUAUACAUUCCUCCCAUUCAUUAUUGGACACAAGUCGAGAUAGAAGUGGAGAAUUAGAACGGAUCAGAGCCGCGCAAUUGCAGGCCGAAAAAUUAUUAGAGGCGAGAGAACAAAGUCAUCGUCAGCAAGUAUCACGUUUAGAAAAUCAGAUACAAUUAUUACGAGAACAGCUCAAUCAAGAAAUAAAGCGCAGACAGUUGUACGUUUUGCGGAGUUCACGGGCCGGUAGAGAAAUGCAACAAUUGCGACAAGCAUUGGGCGAUUCUUUGAGAACCGUGGCGCAAGAUCCGUCACUAGAUGCGGUAUUACUGGAACACGAAGCGCGUAAAUUAGACUCUACCUUGACGAGUACUACUAGUUUGCCGCCAUCAUUAGCUUUACCUGCUCCACCUUCGUCUCACCGAUCCGGCACUCCGUCACAAUUGAAAAUAAAGAUCCUCGUAAUGUCGGACAGCGUUAAAGUGGCUAUUAAAGUCAGACCGCUCAUCAAACGAGAAGAAGACGAAAAUCUGCCGAUACAAUGGACAGUUCAAGGGAACACCAUCAUAGCCACCGAUGCGGAAUUCAAGAAGCGAGGCGAGAGUGGAUUUCAAUUUGAUCAUAUUUUUGACACAAAUGCCAGUAACAACGAUGUGUUUGAUAAUAUUGUAAAGCCUAUCGUUGAUGCUGCUGUAAAUGGAUUUAAUGGCACAAUAUUUGCUUAUGGACAGACAAGUUCCGGCAAAACAUAUACCAUGAUGGGUACUCCAGAGGAGCUUGGUAUAAUACCUUUAGCUAUCGAACAUAUGUUUGAUGCUAUAGCUAAUACUUCUGGACGCGAGUUUUUAUUGAGAGUAUCUUACCUAGAAAUUUACAAUGAGAGGGUCAAUGAUCUUUUAAGUAAAGGUUCAUUAGAUUUAAAAAUACAUGAAGACAUAAAUGGUCAAGUGUUUGUAAAGUGUAAAGAAGAAGUGACAAAUUGUCCAGAGAAUGUUUUAUCUAUAAUGUAUAAAGGUAACAAACACAGAAGAAUAGGUGAAACAAACAUGAAUGAGCGAAGUAGCAGGAGCCACACAAUAUUCAGAAUCACAAUUGAGAGUCGAGAAGCUAGUGCUGGCUCAGAUGGUGCGAUACAAGUAUCACAAUUAAAUAUGGUAGAUCUUGCUGGUUCAGAGAGAGCAAGACAAACAGGAGCUACUGGAGAACGUUUUAAGGAGGGUCGUCAUAUUAAUUUGUCUCUGUCUACAUUGGCAUUAGUGAUAAAACAGUUGAGCGAGUCGCAAGACUGUCAAAAAUUUAUAAAUUUUCGUGACAGUAAACUAACAAGGUUAUUGCAAGCAUCUCUAGGUGGUAAUGCAAUGACUGCAAUAAUAUGUGCAGUAACGCCAGCUGCUCUUGACGAAACUCACUGUACAUUGUCAUUCGCAUCUAGAGCCAGAAAUAUAAAAAAUAAGCCUGAACUGAAUGAAGUUAUGUCAGAUGGAGUACUUUUGAAACGUUAUGCAAGACAAAUAAAUAUAUUACAUACAGAAUUAGAGAGAAUGAAACAACUAACUCGAUCGACCGAUUUUGAAGAAAUGGAAUCUAAAAUACAAGAAAAAGAUCGUAUUAAUAAAAAUCUGGAAGAACGAAUUAGAUUGUUGCAAACUCGGAUAGUUCAUGGCGAUAGUCGCAACAACUCUGAAUCAUUCAAAUGUAAAGAAAAAAGAAGACAGACCUGGUGUGGCACUGCUGGACAUAGACUAAAUUCAUUUCAAACAUGCACAAAUUUGUCACCAAUCAAAGAAGUGUCACCUUUCAAAUUGCCCAACAAAACGGCUGAUAUUAUGGAUACAUCGCCCCAAAUAGCUCUUGCCGAUUUUGAAUUAGAACUUAUGAAUAAUGAAGAAGAUUGUGAGGAAAGCGAUGAAGAUACCUUUGUCAUAUAUCGAAAGCGCAAUCGUGUAAAAUUUACAGAUGAUGUAAUUAUUCAUAAAUCGCCGGUUAUGGAUUAUAAUUGUGACACUUUAUCUGAGAAAGUUGAUACAGCUAUACAAACUGAAAGUAAGCUGUCCCCUGAUACACCAAAGACAACAUUACGGGAAAGAAUCCAUAACUUGAUGGAAGAAUAUUCACAACUUCAAGAAUUUACAACUUUAGAGAAGCAGCUAUUUAUUGAAGAUCAUUCCUCUGAAAUAAAAGAAAAACUUGCAAAAUUUUCAAUAUUAGAAAAACAAAUCGAAAAUAUAGCAUCUGAUAAGGAAAAUUUUGAACAUAUAGCAUCUGAACUUCGCAAAAAAUUAACCGCUGCUGAAUCGCGUUACAUUUCAGCAGAAGAAAAAUUAAAUUUACAAGUAGCCGAACUACAAAAAAUACCAAGUCUUGAAAAGAAAAUCGCACAAUUAUCUGCACAAGAAAUCGAAGUGAAAAACAUUCCAGAAUUACAAAAACAGAUAAAUCUUCUUAUAGCGGAAAAAGAUGGAUAUGAACAUAUCGCUUCCGAAUUACGAAAAAAGCUAAAUGAGGCUGAACAACGCAACAUUAUAUUAGAAGAUAAAUUAACUAUACAGAAUAUAAAUUUAGAAAAAUCAUUUGAACAGCAUUCAUCGCAAAAUGAUAAUAUGCAGCAGGUAGAAUUAGAAAAUCAAGUUACCACUAUUACAUUAAAAAAUAAUGAAUUGCAACAUAAAGUAACAGAUCUUCAAAAUAAGUUAACAGAAAUAGAAUUAUGCAAGAAAGAUGAAGUGAACAAGCAGCAACAACACUUUCAAGAUUUAGAAGAACGCAUUAAUAAUCUUACAUCUGAAAAAAAUAUAUUUGAACAUACCAUUUGUGAACUGCAAAAUAAAUUGAAAGAAGCGGAAGAAGUCAAUUUAUCAAUGCAAGAUAAAUUAAAUGAACAAGUGGAAAUCCAGAAAUUUCAAAACCACGAAAAGCAAAUUGAACAACUUGUUUCCGAGAAUAAUAAAUUUAAACUUACCAUUGAUGAAUUGCAAAAGCAAUUAAUAGAGGCAGAAGUAAAAAAUAACACAAUGGAAGAUAAAAAUGACGAAAAUCAACAAGAAGCACAUAAAUUAUAUUUGGACAACCAAAUUCAGGAUGUUGUAAAAGAAAAAAUGGAAUCUGAACAAAUCAAUUGCGAAUUAAAAGAUAAAUUGAAAGAGAUGGAACUAAUGAAUAGUUCAAUGAAAAAUCAACAAGAAUUAUAUGUACAAAAAAUGAGUGAUUUAGAGAAACAGAUUGAAGAUCUUGCAGUUGAAAAAAAUGAAUUUGAAGAUAUAGUUAUUGGAUUGAAAGAAAAAUUGAAAGAAGCUGAAUUAGAGAACAGUUCAUUAAAAAACAAAUUAAAUGUAUUUGAAACAAAUAUAUGCGAUCCUGAUAGUUUAGAUAAAGAAUAUAUUAUUUCCGAAUUGCAAGAAAAAUUGGAAACAGAGUUAGAUAAUAACUCAACGAAAGUGGAAUUAAACAUACAACAGGCGGAAGCGCAGAAAACCAUUGACGAGCAAAAGGAAUGUGUCGAGGACUUGAAAAAAAACGAUAAUGAAAUUAAUCAUUUAAAAAGCCGCAUAAGUGACUUACAGGAUAUUAUUCAAAAUAUACAGAAAGAGAAUGCACAGUUGAAAGAACAAACAUUAACAAGAUCGGUAUUGGAUGAUAAUUUAAGUAAUAAUGAUUCUUGGAUUAUGGAGAAUUUUUCAACUACGAAGACUUCCUUAGAUGAUAGUGCUAAAUUAUCGUCAGAUCUCAUUUUGAAAACUGAAUUAGAAAUAAAACAUGAUGUGCAAAGUUUAAAGACGGAUAUAGAAAACUUACAGGAAACGAUUUAUUUAUUAACAAAAGAAAAUAGUGAAUUGGCGGAUAAAUUGUCAGCAGAAAAAGAAUGCGCCGAAAAAUCGACUGUUGAAUUGCAACAGACGAUUGACGAUCUUUAUGUACGAAACUCGAAAAUAAUGGAUGAAAAACUCGAGUUACAAAAUAAUUUGGCAAUUCUCAAUGAACAAAUGGAAACCUUACGCUCGAGAAUACCCGAAGCAAACUCAAAUGAAGAGCAGAUAAUUCUCAAAUAUGAAGAACAAAUUAGCGCACUUACAAUAAAAAAUUCAGAAUUAUUAUCUAAUGUCACAGAUAGAAUGAAAGAGCUUGAAAUGUUAAAAGAGAGUAAAUCACUUUUAUACGAACACGAUUGUAUGUAUAAGGAUAAAUUAACUGAUCUUAUGGCAAAACACGAAUGUUUGACAAUUGAGAAUAAUGAACUUUCGACUGAUCUAAUAGAUAAAAUCGAAGAAAAUGAUGGAUUAAAAGAGGAAUGUGAUAAUUUAAAAAAUAAACUAGAAUUAUUGUUAAAACAUGAGAAAAACACUGAUAAUGAUGAUGAGGAACAAUUAAGAAUGGAGAAUACUUUGUUAAAAACCGAACAAGUGGAGCUAAAAGCUAGUAUAAAAAUGUUGACUAAUGAGAAUUCGAAAAUGUCUAAUCAGUUAAUGGAGACUAUAGAAGAUUUGGAUAAUGUGCGAAAAAUUAAUUCUUGCAAUAAUACCUUGCAAUCAACGUUAUUUAAUAAUACUUUAACGAACGAUACAAUAGACAAAUCUAUAAGAGAUGACAAUGUCGAAACAACAAUUUCACACCUGCAAGAGGAAGUUAAUCGUCUUACGCUUCUCAAUAGAAAGCUCAGCGAUUUAAAAUUAGGCGCUUGUGCUCAGUGCGCUCAUCUACAAGAAAUGACUGAAAAUCAUAGAAUGCUGAAAUUCAAAGUGAAGGCUCUCACUCACAAAUUAGAAGAAUCGCAAAGAAAGUUUAAUCGUGAAGUUGCAAAGAGCGAUUCGCUUAUUCUAAAAGCUAAGGAGGACGUAAAUGUAAGCAUAUGUAAUUCAUCUCUUAAUGCCAGUUUUCUAGAAAACAUGAAUGUGAGUUAUGUUGAAGAAAGACUUCAGUCUCUAAAUAGCGAAUUACAAACUUUGAAAGAGGAUCACGAUAAAUUAUCGGAUUUGUAUAAAGAAAAAUGUAGUGAAGUCGAAGAAUUACAAAAUAGCAGUGUUACAGAUCCGCCGAAUGUUCAUAAUAUAAAUACUAGUGUUAAGAAAUCUCCAAGCAAAACUUCGAGACUAGACAGUAUGGCAAAAGAUAUAAGCUAUUUACAAAAUGAUUUUGAGAAAAUAAAAGAAGAAACUACACAGCUCAAAAAAAAUCUUAGCAAAUUUAUCAAUGAAAAAGAUUCUCUAAUAGAUGAAAUUAAGUCAUUGAAAAUUGCUAAUGAACAGUUAGGGCAAAAGAUCUCAGAGAAUGAAUUAUUGUAUUUAGGAAAAACAGACAUCCUCGAAAAUGAAAUAAGGGAUAUGACUAAAAAGUUACAGGAAUAUUCUAUGAGAUGUAAAGAAAUCGAGGAUGCAAAGCUCAUUAUUGAAAUUGAAACGGAAUAUCUGAAAGUGGAUAAGUUAGAGAAAGAACAAACAAUAAACGAAUUACGUCAAAACCUCUCCUGUUUACAACACGAGUUAGAUUUAACAAAAAGAGAGAAAGAAGAACUUAAUAGCAAUAACCUUUUGCAGCAGGAAUAUGAGAAGAAAUUGGAAUCAUUAAGAUCAAUGAAUGCGGAAUUGACUAAUUCUAAAGCAACUGUUUCACAAGAAUUUGCUGAUUAUUGUAAAGAAUCGGAAAGUAGAUUUACAGUAUUAAAUGAAAAAAUAAAUAAAUACACUUCGGAAAACGAUUAUUUAAAACAAGAAUUAAUUAAAUUGCGCGACAUAGAAAAUAAAUUCGAGACGAUGAGAAACGAGUACGAAUCCAAAUCUCAGCAAGAUAAAACAUUAGCCGAAGAUAACAAAAAACUCAAGAAUGUAUUAAAUAAUAUUUCCAAAAAUAUUAUUAAAGAGAUUGAGUACCUUAAACCGAAAGUUAAUGCUGAGGAAUUCCUGGAUAAAUCGGUAGAUGAGUUGUUUCAGAUGUUUUUGCAAACAAUCAUGGUGAAAGAGAAGGAGAUAGUGAAGACUAUGCAAGAUAACUUUAAUAAAGAAAAGCAAAAACUUGAAGAAGACAAACAGCAGAGCAUGGAUACAGAGAAACGUAGGAUAUUGUGGGUGAAAGAAUUGGAGAGUGAUAUAGAAAAGCUUCAAGGAGAUUUAUCUCAACGAGAAACUGUAUCUAAUAAAUUGCAAAAAGAAGUUACGCGUUUGGAGCAACUUUUAGAAGAUAAUAAUCGCGAUCGAGAUAUAUUGAAAGAAAAGAUUAGCCUGCUCGAGAUGGAUCUCAAUAAUAUACAUACUGAGUUUAAUAAAUAUUCCAAGAUGGACACAGUGAAUGAAGAAGCCAUUAAUAUUGCUCAAAAACGGGAGAGACAAGCGCAAGAAGCAAUUAGGAAUAAAGAAACCGAAUUUCAGAUGAGGCUGAAAUCGGAGAAGGAAGCAUAUACUAAACGAAUAGAAGAACUCGCGUGUACAAUAGAAUCAUUUAAAACGAAAAAUAUGGAAUUGGCAGGCAACAUCGAAGGUCUCGAAGCUAAUCAAGAGCAAUUGAAGAACAUUAUCGAUCUGAAAAACAACGAAUUAAUGAAAAGUAAUCAAAUUAUAAAUAAAAUGCAGAUGGAAUUGGAACAGCUCACGGGAGUUUACAAUGAUCUGAAUUGUGAACUGGAAAAGAAAAACUUGCGUAUCGAAGAAAUUACGGAACUUUUAAAAACUAAAUGCGACGAUCUUACGGAGUAUAAAGUUAAAUUGGAGAUGAUCGAGUCGGAGAAUGCAUUCCUGAAACAACAAACUGGCGAACGAAAAGCCAAUAUGGAGCAAUACAGAAUAGAAAUUGAGACACUGAAGAUAGAAAAUAAGAAAGAUAUGGAUGCAAUUAAGGAUAAAUUAAAUUUCGAGGAAUUGAAGAGCAUCGAAUUGAAAAGACAAAUAGUCGAAUUAGAUAAGAAGAACGCUACUUUGACGGAAGAAAUAAAUACCUUGAAAGAUGAUUAUGCGACAGUGCAACAUAAGUGUAUUACAUUAGAGAAAAGAGUCAGAAAUAGUACGAGUAAGAUUCAAGCGGAGGAACAAAUGGAAGAACUGAAGGACUUGAAUAGAUCUUUGCGAAAUAAUUUGGAUGGUGCUAGUAAUCGGAUAACAGAGUUACAAGAUGCCAAAGCUGAGUUGAUGAAGCAAUUGAUUACUCUAAAUAGUCAAUAUGAUGUUGUAUGCAAGGAUAAUCAAGAAUUAAAAGAGACAUUAUCGUCGUAUAAGUCCAAAUAUAAUAACACGUACGCAACUUGUGAAAAAUACGACAUUUUAUUACAGGAGAAAAACAAAAUUGCCUUAGAAUUAGAGGCGAUAAAAGUUGAAUUGGAUCAAAAGAACAAAGAAAUCGAGGAUUAUGUUAGUAAGAUAAAGGAAUUGACUGAAAAGAAUAAGGAACUUGACCAAGAAUCGGAGGAAUUAGCAAAAGUUAUUUGUGAGCACAAUGUUGAAAAUGCACAGCUUGAAGACCAGCUUUGGUCAUGUCGCAUCGAAAAUGACGAAUUACAGAAGAAGAUUGAAGCUCUCGAGAGUAAAAAUCAGUCGCAAUCCGUGCAAGGAACAGAUGUUUCUUCUGAAAGAGUUAAAUCUCACAAUGAUGAUUGUAAUUGUACAGCGUUGAAAAAUAAGAUACGUGAAUUGCAAAUGGAAGUUGUAUCGAAGAACGGAAAAAUAGGGACAUUGGAGCUGCAAAUACGAAGUGGAAGUUUUCCUUAUCAGGCCAAGUGUAAAGAAUUGCAGGAACAUUUAUCAGCAUAUAAAAAUAAGAAUAACGAACUUAAAGCAGAGAUUAAACGACUUCAAAUUGCCAUGUUGCGUACAAGUGCAAAAGAAUGCGAUGUAUGCAAGCAUAGACUUAUAAAUAGAAGAGAUCAGAUGUGUCAGACAAUACCAGAUCAUAUAUUACGAUUUUGCGGUACGAGCAGCGGCAUAAUCGAAGAUGAAAUAAGAAUAACGAAAUUAGAAAAGGAAAAACAGUUCAUGAAGGAUAUCUGUCGUUCUCGAUCGAAAACCAUAAAGGAACUUGAGAAACAAAUAACAGAGUACGAAAUAUUAUUGCAAUCUAAAAAUUCAUGAUUACAAGGAUUCAUAUCUUGUAUUGCCAUAUAUUUGACAAAAUUUUCCUCUUCUUGAAAUAGUAUUAGCUAAUUAAAAUAUUAUGCU